AUGGGGACUGGAAACUGCACAACUGUGGCAGAGUUCAUUCUUUUAGGGUUAACGGAGGAUACAACAGUUUGUGCCAUUUUAUUUAUUGUGUUUCUGGGAGUCUAUGUGGCCACUUUAAUGGGCAAUGUCAGCAUAAUCACGUUAAUCAGAAGCAGCCCUCAGCUUCAUACCCCAAUGUACCUUUUCCUUUGCCAUCUGGCCCUUGUAGACAUGGGGUACUCCUCAUCAGUCACACCUGUCAUGCUCGUGAGCUUGCUCAGGGAAGGCACCUCUCUGCCCGUUGUUGGUUGUGUAGCUCAACUGUGUUCUGUAGUCACAUUUGGGACAGCUGAGUGCUUCUUGCUGGCUGCCAUGGCCUAUGAUCGCUAUGUGGCCAUCUGCUUGCCGCUGGUCUACUCCACCCACAUGUCCCCCAGAAUCUGCGUUCUCUUAGUGGGGAUAUCCUACCUGGGUGGAUGUGUGAAUGCUUGGACAUUUACUAGCUGUUUAUUAAGUCUGUCCUUCUGUGGACCAAAUAAAGUCAAUCACUUUUUCUGUGACUAUUCACCACUUUUGAAACUUUCCUGUUCUCGUGAUUUUACUUCUGAAAUAAUUCCAGCCAUAUCUUCUGGAUCCAUCAUUGUGGUCACUGUGUUUGUCAUUGCUCUCUCUUAUGUCUCCAUACUUUUCUCAAUCCUGAAGAUGCACUCUCCCGAGGGGAGGCACAAAGCCUUCUCCACCUGUACCUCCCACCUCACAGUGGUCACUCUGUUCUAUGGGACCAUUACAUUCAUUUAUGUAAUGCCUAAGUCCAGCUACUCAACUGAACAAAACAAAGUGGUGUCUGUGUUCUACACAGUCAUGAUCCCCAUGUUGAACCCUCUCAUCUAUAGUCUGAGGAAUAAGGAGGUUAAAAAGACCAUGGGAAAACUGAUGACUGGAAGACAUCGGCGGUCCUGA